UUUUUUUACUCUUAUAUUAUACAUAUAAAUCUUAGCUGGUUUUUUUUAGUAUGUUUCAGUAUAUUCCUAAUAAAUACUACAGAUGGAUUUCAGGGAAACUCUUUUUUAAGACCACCUAGGCAACUUAAUCAACGUCCAAAUAGACCUCAAUCAACCAACAACAACUACGACGAAUUUAGUGGACUUGAUACUAAUUGGAACAGUAAUAACAAUAAUCAAUUCGCACAAAAUCAAGGAUCUACUAUUGGACAAAGUUUUGGAAAUAGACCAAACAAUCAAUGGCCAAACACUGGCAAUAAUGGACAGGGUGUUGGCAACAGACCAAAUAAUCAGUGGUCGAAUACUGGUAACAAUGGUCAAGGUUUAGGAAACAGACCAAGUAAUCAAUGGUCGAAUACAGGUAACAAUGGACAGGGUUUUGGUAGCAGACCAAAUAAUCAGUGGUCAAAUAAUGGUAACGAGAAUCAGGGAACAGAUUGGAAUAAUCCGGAUAAUCAAUCUUUUGGAGGCGGAAAUCAGAGCGAAACAGCAACUGACAGUUCUAACCAACAAGAUUCGAACAGUUCUGUAAGUGAAUCUCUUCGCAAUUCAUGUACAACAAAUUGUAGAACAAGAGUGACAUAUGAAUACAAUCCAGUCUGUGGCUCUGACAAUUUGGUGUAUCAAAAUGCAAGAUUCUUGGAGUGCAUGAGAGAUUGUGGAAUUCUAUGUUUCAGUAUUAUAAUUUCUUAUACCAGUAAUGGGGCUUUUGUUGAACAUAAAUUAACUUCAGAAGUUCUACAUGAAGAAAUUAAUUUAGGUAAUAAAUUCUCGUUUAGUUCGAGUAAGCAAAACGAAGAACAAUCAAUAAUUAAACGACAAACACAUCUUAAUAAUUUUAACGAAGAAGGAAUUUAUAAAACAAGCUUUGGACCAAGUUUACAAUAUAGACCCAGCCGUCUUUGGCUCUAUAAUAUUAAUCAUGAAUUAAGUUUUGGGGAUAGGCCAAACUAUCAGAGGCCCAAUAAUGGAAAAAUUAUUAUAAAUGAACAAAGUAGCCAAUGGUUCAACAUUCAUAACACCCAACAAAAUAUUCGACCCCAUUCAAAUAACUAUCAAACUAACCUAGGAAAUAAUGAACAAUCGAAUAAUCACUGGUUAAACUAUAACAAUCAUAAUCAAAAUGGACUAGAUUUUGAGAAUAACAAAAAAAAUCUUUAUUGGGGUAAUAAUAACCAAAAUAAUCAAGGACAAUUAAACAAUGUUCAAAAUGGAAACCAAUUAACAACAAAUAAUUCAUUUGCUUUUUCACAACGUAACGCAUGUAAUUUAAGAUGCAGAAAAAGGGUAACAUUUCAAUACGAUCCUGUAUGUGGAACUGAUGAUAUCACUUACCAAAAUAGAAAUUAUUUAAAUUGCAUGAAGGAAUGUGGAAUUGUAACCGAAAUGGGAUACUUUGGUAAAUGUGUGACUACAACUCAACGCAUUCUUACAGUAUAACUAAAGAUGUAAACAAGAGUUUAAACAAAUUUGAUUAUAUUAAAUAUCAUGACCUUAUUAAAGAAACUUGUAUUUUUUUAUUCUAACUGUUAUUAAUACACAAUUAAUAGAUUAUUUUUACAAUGUACACUAACUGAACGUUUUGUUUUAAUUAAAUUUGUUUUUUUACUUGUCCCAUACAUUUUGUAAAAUUGUAAUACUACAGUUUUCCCAUUAGAAAACUUUUUUACAUUGUAUACAACAUAAAUUUAACAACAAUGCCUUGGUAUUAGUUUAAAUUAUUAUUGUAUGUUGGAACCCUACUAAGGUAAAUAUCAACACACGAUAACAAUAACUCCAAUAUAAAUCGUUUAACUCGGCUUCCUCCACGUUUUUAAUAUCACGAUUUGCGUUGUUAAAAAUCGCAGUUUAUCUUAGCAGAAUUCCAAGGACACUCAGUGACUCUUAUUUUACUUUUUCAAAUACACAAUACUUUGUUUGAUCUUGAAUUAAAAAGUCUUAUGUAUUAGUUCUCAAAACACACACAAUUUUCGUUAAAGGAUUCGUAAAGAAUGAUCAGUAUACCACUACUUUCAAUUCCAAUAGAAUCAUUCUCUUUAGGUAAAGAUAUUUUAGUAUGUUUAAAUGAGUAGGGGAAUUGUCUAUAUAAGAACUAAUACCCUUCAUCCGGUUAUCAAACUACUACAAAAUUAUUCGCUUACUUGACACUGAACAUUGCUAGAACACCAUCAUGAAAUCUUUAACACAAUUAUUCCUAUUCGGUUUAGCUGCUGUUAUGCUAGUGAAUGGGGCACCAGCUAAUGAUAAAAAAGUUGGUACUAAUCACAAACUAAAGAUGUCUACCUCGACAACUACUAUUUCCCCGUCAACUACCAUUUCCCCGCCAACUACAAUUUCCCCGUUUAACAAAUGUAACACAGUCUGCAAAACUGAUUACAAACCAAUUUGUGGAUCUGAUGGUGAUAAAAUAAACUUAAGCUUUGGCAACAAAUGUGUACUGGAUAAAUAUAACUGUGAACACGAAACAAAAUUGACGGUCAAAUUAAAUGGCGAAUGCCCAAACAGUAAAGGAAUCCGUUUGGCUUAACAACACAAAAUAAAUACGUCAUUUGAAAACCUGAUGCAAAUACUUUAACAUGCACAACGACUGACGCAGAUCAAUUCCAAGAAGUCUUAUUUGAAUGAAAAUAUUUUUAUAUUAUCCUUAUAUAUAGUUCAUUUAAUUUAAAUUAAAAUUAUAAUGCACAUAACACUCAACAUCACAUGUGGACACUACUUUCAUAAUCAUUAUCAUGAAUAAAUAUAUUUAAAAUUUUAACGAAUGUAA